AUGAAGUUCACCGUCCCAAUUCUUGCUUCUCUGGUGGCCACCAGCACUGCUUUGUUCGACAAGAACCAGCCUUGGGGCAAGCGUGACUACUCCUGUGUCAAUGUUUACCAGGGAAUCCCCGAUGGUUCCACCGUUACUGCCGGUCAAACCAUCAAGGUCCGCUUCGAUCGGAAGCCCACGGCUCACUGCGCAGACCCCCUGAACAAAUAUCCCGGCGAUGACUACAGCGUUUGGCUGUAUAACAACCCCGUGCGCAAGCAGGACACUAUCUCCUUUGAUCAGUCUAUCAAGAUCACCAGCGGCAUCAAGGAGAAGGCGGGUGUUAUCGACGUGACCAUCCCUAAGAACCUGCCUCAGGUCAAGGAGGGAUCCCUUUGGUACUUGAGAGUCCAGACUAGCUUGUCAACUGCGCCCCAGAUGCCCUCUUUGUUCAACGCUCAAGGACCGUUUACCGUCGCCAAGGCUUAG